AUGUCAAGGAAUACAAACGUAUUAAACACGUACAAUUUUGUAAGUACCUCAAAUGAACAUAGACCGUUUGAUAGCACACAAUAUCGUCUCAUUAUACGGCAACAACCAAAACAGGCUCGAUUAUGUAGUCUGAAAGAACGAGAUCGAAGACCCGUUGAUCCCCCUCCAAUUAUUCAGUUUAAAGUGGAUAGUUGCGGUGAUGAGGCACAGAAUUACCUUCAGAGUCCAUAUUAUUUUAUGUGUGCGAAUCUUGUUCAUCCUUCUAAUAAUAGUGAGCAUUUCGCAAUUUCGUCAAAAUGUCUUGCUGGUACUAUAGUUUCUUCUCUUCACAAACUCAAAGACAUUGAUAAUUCCGAUGGCGGCUUUUUUGUAUUUGGUGACAUAUCCGUACGAGUUGAGGGUCGUUAUCGCUUACGAUUUAGUCUAUUCGAAAUAAUAAAUAACGAGGUCGUUCACAUACAAUCGAUCUUGUCUGAUAUAUUUGAUGUGUAUUCACCAAAGACAUUCCCUGGAAUGUCUGAAUCAACAUUUUUAUCAAGAUCUUUUUCUGAUCAAGGCGUUAGAAUAAGAAUACGUAAAGAACACCGAAUUCAAAUGAAACAACCGCAACAUAAUAGACAUUCGGACAACGCAGAAGGUGAUGACGAUAAUGGUAUCGGUGAUGGUUCAGACGCGUUCGAGAUUUCAAAAAAGAGAAGCAUAAAUUUACCUUCUGCGACGUCUCCGUUGGAUAUGCAACAUUCUGAUACUUCAUAUUAUUUACAACCUUCUCCAAUGACUGAUAGAAAUGUUGAUUAUUCUUCUUAUCCUCUACCGAACAACAACCAUCAUCAUGAACCUGAUACCCAUCAUGUUCAACCUUUACAACGAGAAUAUAGGUGCAAUUGUAUUUCAUGCGGUCAUUAUGAAUUUAAGAGCGAAUCUUUUCAGGAUGAUCCUAUUACUGCUCGUUUAAAUUCCCUUGGUAUUUCUCAAGAUACUAAUGACUAUCCGAAACGCCGAAAGUUGUCAAUUUCAGAAAAAAUGUCUUAUGAUUAUAGGUCAACGUUGCCACCAUUGAUGGAACACUCUGACUCUUUCUCACAUACACAUGAUCAAUCGACUUGUACGAAUGCUACAUUUGAUUAUUCAUCACAAUGUACUGUUUCAAAUUGUCACACGAAUACACCAAUAUCUUCUCAACUAUCUCCAGUUCAUCCAUCUUAUCAUUCCAAUUCUCAAUCUCCCCUUCCAAAAAUACCACAAAGAUCCCGCACAUUACCUCCUCCGCGUGCUGCUCAUAGUCAGUUACCGAAUUCGACAUACAACCCUGCUGUUAGUGUUCGACCUGCAAUACGGUCUGCUUCAAUGCCUACAUUGUCAAACACUUCUCAAUUUUUACCGUCAACGCAGGAACAAUCAACAGUCACUAGAUUGCCACCUAUUAGUGUUUUAACAGAAAAUCUUGAAAUCGAUAAGUUUCAUAAGAAAAAGAAUUUCUCAAUAACCAAAUCUCCUCCACCUUUAACGAUAAAUGACUGGAAUAUUAAGGGCUCAAACUUUUUUCGAUUUAAUCAGUGGCAACAUUAUUAG